GGAGCGACCGUAUUAGUGUAAAAAGCGCUCACAUGCCUUCUGCUCAUUUCUGUCUCCGAUCAGCGUUUCUAAAGCAAUCUUCCAAUAUAGUAAAAGCUGAAGAAGCAGAGGCAAACCAGGUUACUUAUCAGCCUGAACUCGCCGCGGUGAUUACAUCAGCCAGACAACUUCCGCGGCGGGCAAAUCGCCGAAAAAGUCUUGGCACCUCCGAAGCCUUCAGUCAACUUUUGGUUUGACCGCAUCGUCACUCGGCUGCUGUUGUCGCUAUCUCCCCCCCUCCUCCCUUCCUUGUACCUUUGUUUUUGAGAGGAUUCAAAGAUACCAAUUGCAACCAUGCCCGCGAAAGCUGUCUCUACCCGCCUUAACCCGGUCCGUCUGCAGUCCAUCCCUCACCUGCGCGUCCGGCGUCCGAACACCAAUGAGCCGAAUACCUGCGUUGCGGUGAUGUCGUCUAUGCUGAGCUGCUGGGCAUCCCAGGGCUACACCCACGAGGGAUGCGCCGUUCUCGAACAACAAUUGAGAUCUUGCAUGGAUGCACCUAAACCCAAGUCCCAGAAGCGCAACCCCAUCAACUACCACCUCAUGAGAAUGUUCCCCAAGGUGGUCGGUCCCAAGAAGAAGGACGGUGUGUUGGGUUGAACUGCCAAACAAUAUAUAUACUACAUUAUUUGCGUGUGAUUCAAUACCUUAUUUCGAGCGGUUGCAUACGGGCAUACGAUUUACCUACUACCUACCGUCGUCGAACUCUCACUCUUGUCUGGUCUGGUCUGAUAUGAUGGAUGAGUAGACGGUGUGGUGGUAUAGAAGUGAAGAACUUCUACGCGGAGUGGGAGAGAGAGAAAAUAUUCCUUUAUAUUUUGGAGUUUUGGGUUUGUAAUAUGCUACUACCUACCACAUCAGUUUUGAUUCUGUGUUGAGGGUAGGUGGGAGGGGGUUUUUUUUUUGUAUAUUAUUAUGUGGAUG